CCCUGUUUUGUGCCUUCCUCCUCCAUCCAUCCAUCCCUACCGCCCCGCCUGCUCGCCGUUCCCUGCGCUCCCGUGCUGCUCCCGCGCCCUCGCUAAUUUUCACCCCCUCGCCCUCACCGCUGCCCGAGUGCCGCGCGCGCCGCGCCCGCUGUGUGAUCUCUCUCAGUCGGCCGCGCCGCAUAAGAUCACCUGCUGGCCCAACACCCAACACCCACGCCACGCGCCGCCCGCACCUCUGCGCGCGCCUCCACCACAGCGCCACCUCCUCAUCAUCCUCGCCGGCGCACCGCAGCCCGCACUGCGCCGUGCAUCCACCUCGUUCUAUGCGGCACGCCGUCGCACCCAUGCUCGGCGGCGGGUCUGCGUCAGCGCGGCCCGACGUGGCCAUGCGCGCUGUUGACGAAGCCACGCCGCGCUCGUCGAGCCGCCGCGGCUCGCAGCAUGAUGCGAAGCGCCACGACGGGCCCUCGACACCACCGCAGGGCGCCGGCACGCUGCCUACGCCGCCUACUUCGCACAUCGACGUCAGUGCCUCGCGCGCGCCACCCGCCGGCAGCGCAGCCGCGCCGGCGCCCACGAAUGCUGAGGCCGGGCCGUCGGACUCGGAGCCCGAGCACAUCGACGGCAGUCCGUCGUUCGCCGUCAUCGCUCGCCGCACGAAGCGUCUGAGCGGCCGUGGUGCUGCUGCGCACCAGGGUCUGCAUGCUGUCAUGGGCUCAUCGCCGCCGCCGGGAGAGGAGGACACGCCGCGGCGGCAGCCGGCGGUCAAGACGGAGCGCGAGUUGACGCUGCAGGAGAACGGCCGGCGUGCGCACGCAUCGCGAGGCCGUGGCCGCACUGCAGAGGCACGCCACGGCGUGUGGUCGGCGGCCGCAGACAUGGACUCGGACGACAGCCGCGAUGGCGGUGUGAGCGACUCGCACUCAUCGCGCAGCCGCACGCCGAGUCCGAUGCUCGGCGCCUCCGAAGGCCACCUCUCCUCUGUCGGUGCGCUGGGCCCGAGUGCAGAGGAGAUCAGCGCGCUGCUGUUCGCCGAGGGCGACGAAGAAGAACGGCCAAGUGGCCUCAGCACGAACGACGUCGACCAGAUGGCGGCACGCCUCGAUGCGAUGAGCUUGAGCACCGCAUCUGCUGCCGAGAAAGAGCUCGCCGACAUGGCACGAUCAUUGGUGCGACAUGCCCAGCAGCAGGACCGGCACAUCAGCAGCCUGCACGAGACGCUCCACCGCGUGCGCCUGCGCGCGGUCUCAGCGCUCACAUCGCAGCGCACCACCUCUCACGCCUCGCUCACGGCCGCGCAGCUCUCUGCUGCCCGGCAGGCCGUCGAGCUCGAGGGGCUGCGCUCUCAGGCACGCAUGCUUGGCCUGAAGCUUGCGCGUGCCGAGGCGCGGGCAGACGAGGUCGAGCACGCUCGUGCACGCAGCGUCGACGAGGAGCUGCGCUGGGCGGACACGAUGCGCAACCACACGGGCGCAUGGGCACAGCAGCAGGCCGCGCGAGCGCAGGCAGCAUUGGGCCCGCGCACGGCGCAGAAGACGCCGGCCUCAGCGCCGAUCGGCACCACGGAGGCUUCGCCAGGCGCUCUGGCCGCGCCAUUCGAGCUCGGAGAAGGACGCAGCUCGCCAGCUGCCGAGCCAGCCGCGGCCACCGGCUCGAACAUGGACGCCGAGUCGGCGCCUGCCGGUCUUGGCAUCCGCGACAGCGGCAUGCCUGCCAUCGAGACGCAGGCCACCGUGCAAGACCCCAUUGAGGCGACGCUCUCGCCGCUCUCGUCGAUCGUGCGCGAGCGCAACAAGCUGCUCUCGGACAAGCGGCACCUUAAGUCGCGCGUGCGCGAGGUGGAGGCACAGCGCGAGGUGCUCGAGAAGGAGCUGCGCGCCCUGCGCCCGCUGCUCAUCUCUGGCGGCACCAAGGUGGUCAGCACGGAGGCAGGCGGUGCCGCAGACGAGUCUGGCGUGCACAGCACACCUGGCCGCGUCAAGCGCAGCACGAGCCGGCGCCGGCGCGGCCCCACCAUGGGAGACGCCGAGGCUGAGCACCUGCUGCUGGCUGCUCGGCGCAUGCGCGAGGUGCGCCGCGGCGAUGGCCACACAAGCACGGCUGGCUCGCCGCAGAAGCGGUCGGCGCAUGCAGCUGAGCAGGCCCGCUUCGAGGAUCGCCACGCACUCGACGAUGGUCGGCCGCGCACGCCGCCUCCGGGCAUGGCACCGCGGACCCCGCAGACACCGCGCACGCCUCGACACGUCAACGGACCCGGCAGCGUGCGCCCGACUCCGCGGUCCAUUGGCCGAACGACUGGCGGCCUGCUCGACGCCACCAUGGAGAGCGCUGGUGCGCGGCCGUUCGCUGGCCCGCGCUGGGCAGGCCCGCACGAGCGCAACGAGAGCGCCAUGUCGUCUGCCUCUUUCGCGGCCAGCACGGGCAUCGACGAGCUUCUGCACGCCGCGCAGAGCGUCUUUACGCCCGGCGAGCGUGGUCCGGGCGGCAGCAGCCGACCAGACGGCACGCAGGUCUCGGUGGGGCCGAGCAGCGCGCCGUACUUCCCGCGCAUGACGCCGAGCUCGCCUCUGGCUGCCCACGAGCAGCUCGCGCCUCAAGAUGCGUUCGAGAGCCCGAAGCGUCGCCGCGUGUCGAGCGCUGCGUUCGACAUGGACCGGCAGCGCAUGGGUCUCUCCCUUUCGCCCGACAAGCGUGCCGGCGCCACCUUCGGAGGCCGUCGUGUGCGCACCAGCACCGAGGGCGCUGACCCUACCACCUCUGGCCUGUCCGCGCUGGACCUCCUCGCGGACCAGGCGGCGGCGAGCCAGGUGCCGAGCCAGAGCUCGGACCGCUCGCAGCACAGCGACGGCGCCGGCGGCACUUCCGACGAGGGCAUGGCAGUCGAGGACCCACGCUGGCCUGCUCGGCCGGUGAACGACGCCUACCACCUGGGCGAGCGCGUGCGAGGUGCCCGCUUCGGCGGGCCUCCGCCGUUCCCUGGCCCGCUGCUGCAGCACCCGCCGAGCUACGGCUACCCGGCCCCUCCGCCCGUCCCAGGCCCGCAGCCGUGGCUCGCCUCGCCCACCGGCGGUGCGCCGCGCGUGCUCGAGUAUGCGCCGAUUCCCUACCCUCCGCGGCCCGUCACGCCGCCGCCUCAAGUCCGCCACAUGCCGUCUGAGCCGUCGUACUCGCGCGACGACAGCGGCGUGACGCCGGUGCAGGAGGUGCAGAGCAGCCCGGCCAAGAGCAAGGGCGGCAACACCAGCCCGGACAAGCGCCUGCCGUACAUUCGCUGGAGCGAGGAGGAGGACCGCAAGCUGCGCCGCGCCAUCAGCGAGCACGGCCAACGAUGGGAAGCCGUCGCCCGCAGCGUCGGCACGCGCUCGUACCACCAGUGCCGCCAGCGCGCCCUGCUCAUGCGCCGCAAGACGCAGGCCGCCUCCAACAACGCCGCUGCGAGCCAGCAGUCCGACCCCUGAUCCCACACACACACUCUACUCUCACUGUCUUUUCCUCGUGCUCGCUGUUCUGCUCUCUCCUGCCUGCCGGUCCCCAUUGUACUCCAGGCGCUCCGCUAGUCUCUCGCUCCCCCUCGAAUCGCUCUCACAGCACGUCCGCUCGCAAAUCGAACAUCACCACUUGGACUCGUCCACGGCGGGCGGCUCUUCCGUCUCUCAGUG